AAGCUCGAUGCCGAAGCCGAUGCACCCGCCCAGCGCCCAGUGUCACUGACAGCUCCUGCACUGCCAAGUGGCGCCACCGUCCGCGAGACUCACAUGGGGGAACUGCUGGCGCGGGGUAUCGCCACCGCCGGCGCCGGGAAGGUUACCUGUUCCCCAUGGCCGAAAGUGAGGAUGCCUCUCAAGAACAACCAUCAUCCUGCAAGGCACCUAAUACGGAAGACGACAAGAGGCCUCAGUUUGGAACAAGAUUUUUAACUGACUCUGACGAUGUUUUUAAACAUAAUGCAUGGGAUAAUGUGGAAUGGGAUGAAGAACAACAGAAGCAAGCCCAGAUGAAAGUUGCAGAAAAUUCUGAAAAGUUGGUUCCAGAAGAAAACCGUCAGAAGUUUGAAGAUGACGCCAACAAGUACUGGGAUUCAUUCUACAAUAAUCAUCAAAACAGAUUUUUUAAGGAUAGGCAUUGGCUUUUCACAGAAUUUCCAGAACUGGCACCGAAAGCCAGUACGAAAAUGCCAAUUGAUUCAGCCGAUUCAAACACUCACCGUCGAAUUCUAGAAAUAGGGUGUGGUGUGGGAAAUACAGUUUUUCCUGUUCUCCAGUACAGUCAAGAUAAAAAUUUAUUUGUGUAUUGUUGUGAUUUCUCAGCUACUGCUAUUGACAUACUCAAGGAAAAUCCUGAAUACGACACUUCACGGUGCUGUGCCUUUGUCUGUGAUGUCACUAAUGAUGACUGGAAUCCUCCAUUUGAGGAGAAUUCUCUGGAUAUAAUAGCUUUUAUAUUUGUUUUGUCUGCAAUCAAUCCAGAGAAAAUGCCCCAUGUUGCAAAGAAAGCGUUUGAUUACCUCAAGCCUGGUGGAAUGGUUGUGUUCAGGGACUAUGGGCGUUAUGAUAUGGCCCAACUUCGUUUCAAAAAAGGCCGCUGCCUUGGAGACAACUUUUAUUCAAGGGGAGACGGAACCAGAGUGUAUUUUUUUACCCAAGAGGAAUUGCGAGCACUAUUUCAAGGGGCAGGGUUCAUUGAAGAGCAAAAUUUAGUUGAUAGAAGACUUCAAGUAAACAGAGGAAGACAGCUAACUAUGUAUAGAGUAUGGGUUCAAGCAAAAUAUCGCAAGCCACGUACUGAAAAUACUUAGCUUGGUGUAGUUGGUUUUUUUUUUAAAUAUAAAUUCAUUAAUUAAUUAAAGCCAGUUUAUGCAUUCAGUUGAAACCAGUA